GCGCGCAAAUUCACAGAGCACAACAGAGCAAAUCCGGACAGAAAGCAACAAGAAACAGCAGAAGCAAGACGCUGACGCGCUCUUGCUUGCUUGUCGCGCUGUCCUGGUCGGGGUGAGUUGAGUGGCACGGAGGAGGGAAGAUGAGGUGGUGGCCGACUUCGCUGUUGGGGAGAGGGCGCCCGGCCAACACGAGCAGCGGCAGCAGGAGCAGCAGUAGCAGCAAUGGCAGCAGCAGCAGCAAUGGCGGCGAACGCCAGAGUCAGGAAGAGAACAACGACAGGAGCGACAAGGAGACAGAUCAGGCGGCCACCGUUGGAUAUGGAGGUGUCAACGCCGAUGUGCAGGGAGAAGGAGAAACAGGCGCGGCGCACGUGUCGCCGAACUCAAGCGACACCAACCACGAUACCCGAAACAGCAACGCCAAUGGCAAGGACGGUGAUGCUGACAACAGCGAGACGGAGCUGCGACAGCUGCAGAGUGUGGCUGACGCAGCGAGCAACAACAACUCGUCUCUCGUGCCGGCCUCCGUCACAAGUGGCUUCUCUAAGUUGCACCAGCGGCUGGUGGAGCUGAACGUGGGGCGGCUACCAAGGGACAUUGUCAAGCACGAACGCGAGUUUGGGCGCUUCAACAUCCCACUGGCAAGUUUCGUGCGCACGCGCUCGCAGGCUGCCAUGCAACGCUUUGUCCUGCAGGCGAAGCAGUUCUUCACCCCGCGCAUCGUGGCUGCGCUCAGCCUCAGCGCAACGGCCGCGUUUGGCCUUGGCCUCAUGGAGGCCUUGCACAUCACCAAAGGGCAGCCAUCAGUUAUGGACGUGAUGCAGGAGCCGCUGCUGUUCCGCUUCUGCGUCUCCUACAGUCUCGAGCAGAUGAUGGCAUCCUUUGCCAUGGUGACCACACCGCCAGAGGCCGUUGCCCACGCGCACAUGAUCGACCCCAGCAUUGUCCUGGCCGAUAUGACGCAGCCUCACCUCGCUCAUCACCUUGUUGCCGCAAAACGCUGCGAGAGCGCACGCAUCACACUGACGCAGCUUGUCACGGUCACGCAGCUGUUCCGCUUGGCCAACCUCACCAUGCGCGCACGUGAUGAGCUCAAGGCAAACAUCAUGAACGGCGUGUAUGCGCCCAAGGAUCGCGGGGAGCGCUUUAUUCGUCUCUGCGGCGAAAUCAGCGACUGCACAGCGCUCUCACUCGAACGGUGCUCCAUCAACCAUAUUCUGCCCGUGUAUGAGAAGCCCACGGCCAUCAAGCGGCUUGUAAAGAAGGUUUCACGCGAUGGCAAGCUUGCGUUUUACUGGCGCGUCCCUGCAGGCACUUAUGGACAGCCUGAAUCCUGGGAGCAGCUUGUCGGGCGGUCCAUCACACCAAACUCUCUUCUUCGCACCAAGUCAGGUCGACGCAUUCUGCACAUUGAGGCAGACGCGACAAACUCAGAGCACGCCGUUGCGUUCCGCAACUGGAGCAGUGACUUGAGCGUCAUGGAUUCGAUUAUGGCGUUUCGAAUGAUUGACCAGCAAACCCGCCUGCAACCCGCAUUCCAGGACCGCCAAUUCACUACAAUGCGCGUCUAUCUUGGGUAUCCCCACCAGCGUGUGUGGUCCGGUGGCGGCGUUAAAUCCACUGUGCGGGACUUUCUGCUUGAGUACGACCAGGCCGAUGUUGUUGUGGACGCACACGCAGUGAUUCUGCAACACCUCCUGCGCUGGAUCAAACACCAGGCAGAAGAGCACUGGAACGUCGUCAGCUUCCACACUGAUGCACCAGAGCACUUUGAGUCGUUGCAAAAACUGCUGAAGGCACUCGACAUCACCGUUGUCGACUCCGGCACCGUGUCAGGCAUUGUCCGAGAGCACGUGCUCCACAUUGUGUGCCAUCACAGCACCAUGGAGACGGUUCACGUCGUCGAAACACUCGUACGCAAGGACAUUAUCAAGCCUGAAAACUGCCUCGCACUUCUUGACCGGCACGAUGGACUGGCUGCCAUCAGGACACUCAACAACCAGGGCUACCCGGUGUCUGCCCUGUGCGCUGCGGAGAUCUUUGACGACAUUUUGAGGGCCGUUCGAACAUGGACGCGACAAGACUACACACCGCUGGAAAUUCAAUCCGAACUGGACACUCAAUUCAAAGACGUGACGACGCUGGUGUCGUCGACCGUGCACGCUGGGGAGUCGAUGACCGUACCGCAGGGCCACAGCGGGGACGAGGGCAUGGGUGGGAACGAUGAUGACGAUGAGGUCGAUGGUGGCAGCGUUGAUGACGAUGACGUGUAUGGAGAAGUGAAGGACGAACAACCCGACACAACCCCACCAGACGAGAAGAAAAAUGCAAGGGAGCGAGAAGAGUUGCUGGACGAGGAGAAAGACGAGGAGAACGAGCGCGACAACAGCGCUGAUGAUGAAAUCUCGGAUGAUGUGGAGGAAGGAGAGGCAACCGACGUGUUGGAUGAGCAGGGACAGGCAACGCACGAGGAAGGGAUGAUCGUUGACAAGCAGGCAAAGAAGAAGAAGACACCACAGAUCACUCCAAACCCGUUCCAGUGAUGUAGCCUUUUGUUUGUUUCAGUGGCGCUUUGUGUUUCGUUACUUUUCACCAUGUACAACGUAUGCAUUUGUUGAAGUUACCGUGAUGUGAAUGUGCAUGUGACAUGACGCGUUUUCGUCCAAU